GGGGUGUGCGCAUCGUGGGCAGCAGUCUCCAGGGCAGAAUGAGGAAGGGUCUCCAUGAAGUCAAACCGAGGGUCAGGAGGAGCAAAUUCCAGGGUGUUGGUGCAGCAGGCACCACCCCCCAUCCGCCCCAUCCAAGAUAUCCUGGAGUGGGACCCUGGAUGAACAAUGCCAAGCUGCUGCAGAAAGGGCAUGCGGUCAGUGCUGCAGGGGCCUCCUGCCUCCCUAGGGACUGCAAGUGGACUCCUGUCCUGCCCUCUGCAUGGAGUGCCAACCUUGGGGACCAGAGGACAGGUGCCAGCAGCACAGAUGCUAUCUCCCCUUGGCGCUGGGGUGAUGAAAUGUGUAGGGUGCCCCCCCAUCUAGUCUUCCCACGUCUUGAAUUUUUUUUGGUACCGAGGAUCGAACUUGUGACCUUGCGCUUUCGGGGCGGGCGGCGGCACCACUGAGCUAAGUCCCAGGCCCCACGUCUUGAUUUUUGUUAGUUUCCCAGGGAACAGGUGCGACUGAGCCUCUCAGCAUUUCCACCUCCUCUACUUGGCCUCCAGGCUCCCUCUUCUGGGGGAGGUGACCCCUGCCUCCCCAGCACUUCUGGACUCACUGAGGCAGUGACUGGAUUAGGAGGGAAGGGGGCAGGCGCCACACGGCGGCGGGAGGGAAGGAGCCUGGAGUUUGCCAGGCCGGGUGGACCUGGAAAUGAGGCUGGGGAGGUCGAAGUGCAGGACCGGAAAACAUCUGAAAUGUCAGUGGCUCCGGGGACCUUCAGGAAGAACACACCUGACAUCAGCCUGGAAAGCGCUGGUUCUGGUUGGCGAGAGUGCUGCUCAGUCUGUUCAUAGGGGGAGAAAUUGUGGCUGUGCACUUCAGUGGGGAGUGGUUCGUGGGCAGCGUGUGGACCAACACGUCCUACAAAGCCUUCAGUGCCGAGCAUGUUCAAGCCCGCGUUGGCCUGAGUGUGGGCCUGGGACUCCAGUGCAGCAGCUGAACGAGACCAUUGACUACAACGAGCAGUUCACCUGGCGUCUGAACGAAGACUACCACCGCGAGUACGUGCGCGCGCUGCAGAAGGGGCUGCCGGACCCGGUGCUGUACCUGGCCGAGAAGUUCACGCCCAGCAGCCCCUGCGGGCUGUACCACCAGUACCACCUGGCCGGACACUACGCCGCGGCCACGCUGUGGGUGGCGUUCUGCUUCUGGGUCCUCGCCAACGCGCUGCUCUCCAUGCCCGCCCCGCUCUACGGGGGCCUGGCGCUCUUGGUCACUGGCGCUUUCGCACUCUUCGCCGUCUUCUCCUUCGCCUCGGUCUCCAGCGUGCCCCUGUGCCCGUUCCGCCUCGGCUCCGCUGCGCUCACGCCUGGCUACGGAGCCGCCUUCUGGAUCACGCUGGCUACGGGCAUCCUGUGCCUGCUGCUCGGUGCGGCCGUGGUGCUUCUCCACUAUGCCUGGCCCAGCUCCCUUCGCGCCGUGCUAGACCAGAGCGCCCCGGACUGCUGCGGCCUGGCGACGGCGGGCUCGCCCGUCAUCCUCAGCAACCCGCUGCACCCACAGUUCGCGCCCCCGGACUUCAAGAUCACCACAAAACUGUGAAGGGCGCCCACCUCUGGACUCUUCCCCGCCGGGGGACCUGGCGCGCCUGCAGGCAGUGGGCGGGGCACCCCAGGGACUCCGUGCGCCCCAAGCGAUGGAAACCCCCCGGGGACGCGGCGCUGUGCACGCUGGAGCGA